GAAGGUAGUACAAAAUAUGUCUUCCUACCUCGGGUUUAGCGACAGCGGAUAUAGUGACAAAUUGCAUUUACCGACCUGUCUAAACUGUCCAGUGUAGUACUAAUUUCCUCGUUUAUACCGACCAAUGUAAAUUUUGUACCGCAUGCGCCGAUCACGUGUCUUGAGCAUGGCUUCCAGAAAGCGAAAACGGCUGUCAUUCUCAGAAAAAUACGCGAUUUUGGCCAAACUCGACUCCGGCGUGUCACGGAAUGCGUUGGAAAAGAAGUACGACGUCCCUCACGGUACUUUAGCUGGCAUCAUCAAAGACAGGCGUCGAAUAGAAGAAGCAGUUGCCAGCGAAACGAGCCUAGGUGCUAAGAGUUCAAAGUUAUCGAGAUAUUCUCAGAUCGACGCUGCUCUGCUUGAGUGGUUUCGUCGAAUUAGGGCCAAUUGUCCAGAAACUCCGAUAACUUGUCUGGAGAUUCUAACGAAGACAACCGCAAUAGGAAAAGAGCUGAAAAGAAGAGAAGUUGCUGCUUACGAGUCGUUUGACGAAAAUUGCCUCGAUCUCAAUUGGGUGGAUCGCUGGAAGAAGAGGAAUGCGAUAGCAUCAAAGAAAAUGCACGGCGAAAGUCAAUCAGCUGACAAAAAUGCUGCAGCUGAUUGGGUGCAAAAUCAGCUGGAAUUGAUUCGACAAGAACUCUCUGAUGACAACAUCUUUAAUGCAGAUGAAACUGCGCUAUUUUGGAAACUCAUGCCUGAUAGAACCCUCGCAUUCAAAGGUGAAAAGUGCCGAGGAGGAAAACAUUCUAAGGAACGCCUAACAAUUCUUGUCGCCGCCAGCGCUACGGGAGAAAAAUUGUCUAUAUUUGCUAUUGGCAAAAGCAAGAAACCAAAUUGCUUUCGCGGUGUGGCAAACAUUCCCGUAGCUUACGAUGCUAACAGAACUGCUUGGAUGACGAAGCAGUUAUUUGAGCCGUGGCUGAGAAAGUGGCCUUGUCAAACGUGA